CCAAUCGACAACAUGGCUAACUUCCAGUUCCUCAGCGUUGCCUCCAGCCUGCUUCUACUCCUGGCUCCCACCUGGGCGGGUUUGAUUGCCCAGCCGACCAUCAGCUAUGCUGGCGACGAGCACGCGGUGGCCCACACCCAGCAGAAUGUCGUCAGGAGCUUCGAUGGCACCGUCUCGCACUACGCCAAGUCGCUGGCCACGCCCUACUCGCAGGUCCACAAGCAGGACACCCGGAUCAGCAACAAUGUCUAUCAGCCGGCGGUGGCCAAGACCUUCAGCUAUGCCCCAGCUCCAGUUCCAGUCUCGGUCCCAGCUCCGGUUUACGCCCACCAGGCUCAUCAGGAACCAACCCAGCUGUUUACCCAGGCAUCGCCCGUUUACCAUCAGGCUGCCCAUGUCCAGACUCCAUCGGUUUACCAUCAGGCUGCCCAUGUCCAGACUCCAUCGGUUUACCAUCAGCCCGCUCAGGUGCAGAGCUACCACCAACCUGGUCAUGUGGAGACACCCUCUGUGUACCAUCAGAGCGCCCACUACAGCCAGCAGCCCGCCGUCAUCCAAUAUUCCCCGGCUGAGAGCGUGUCCCACAUGAGCUUCGAUGGCUUCGGUACCCACUACGGAUUUUAG